AUGACGAUGAAAAUUCGAUGUAUCGUUCAGCCCUACUCCGAACUGUAUUCAGCCCGUCGAAAAUGGGAUGGAUGGAGAAAAAACAAAGUGCUGGCAAAAAAGAGGCUACGGGUUCCCACUCAGAAAAUGAAGGACCUGAACUGCCCUCUCCCAAAUGAGCAAUCUGUUUGUCCAAUAAUCUCUGCCAAAGGGGGGACCAUUGGUCCAUCACCCUACAGAGGCCAUACACCCAGCCCAUCACUGUAUGACCUCAACACCUCUGGUCCAUCACCUGGUGGAGGCCAUACACCCAGCCCAUCACCGUACAGCCUCAACACCUCUGGUCCAUCACCUGGUGGAGGCCAUGCACCCAGCCCAUCACCGUACAGCCUCAACACCUCUGGUCCAUCACCUGGUGGAGGCCAUGCAGCCAGCCCAUCAGCGUACAGCCUCAACACCAUUGGUCCAUCACCCUACAGAGGCCAUGCACCCAGCCCAUCACCGUACAGCCUCAACACCUCUGGUCCAUCACCUGGUGGAGGCCAUACACCCAGCCCAUCACCGUACAGCCUCAACACCUCUGGUCCAUCACCUGGUGGAGGCCAUACACCCAGCCCAUCACUGUAUGACCUCAACACCUCUGGUCCAUCACCUGGUGGAGGCCAUACACCCAGCCCAUUACUGUUUCAUGCACUUUUUGAUCAUUUCUUCACUGUUGAGGAGUGUCAAAAUGCAGUGCCCUUUGGUCGCCCUGGCAACAACCCCUCAGGAAAGGAAGGAAAGCAGGUCCUUGACUGUAAAAAAGUUGACGGAAUCCUAACUUAUAUCCUGAGAUGUGCAACUCUACCGGACUGGGAACCAAUUGAGGAGGCCAAGCUCAAGAAAGCCUUUGUGAACAAAUGUAGGGCCAGAGCAGGCUCCAAGGAGUAGGCCACUGAUAUAGCCUGUCCUAUGUGGACCGCUAUCUCUCUCUCUCUACCCCUUCUUUUAUUUUUCUUAUUCGUUUUCAUGGUAAUAUGUUAAUAUAGUUAGUAGUAGUAGGCAACGGGACUGCCAGACCGGUAAUGACCAUGGCAAAUUCACAUACGGUAGUCUACUGCCGGCAACGGCACCGAUCGGGUCAGAAUGAACACCAUCAACGACAACAACUCCUAUUGGCUGCUCCCAU